GGCUCAGAAGAGAGAGAGGAGAUCCACGAGCGGUGCCCCGGAGAGCAAGCGCUGCAAACGGGACCCUUCCAAACGUGACAGGUCAAUAAGUUUUUCACUUCUGCUGUUGGCCAGCAUGUGUUUUCAGGCUGUGUUUGCCUCAUCUGGCUGUGUUUCAGUUGGAGAUAUGUUGAGAGGGACGUCCUACAGCGUAAACUGAAAAGCAUCUGGAUAGGGGCGCUAGCGUUACUGUAAUAAUGACCUUCGUUUGACCCUUUGGCUGUAGUCCUGCUAUCCGAAAUGUGGGUCCUUUACCCGGUGUGCAACGAGCCGAUCUCUACGUCACCGAGACACACUGUUUAUUCUGAAUUUGCGCAGAUUCUGGACACCUGGGUGGGAUGGACCCUCCAAACACGGGCGUAAAGCCCCAACGGAGACCCCAUCAAUCUAUACACUACAGAUGGACAAAUAUUCCUAGAAUUCCCAGAAAGGUCAUGCAUAUCGAUACAUUUUCUGGGAAUUAAUUCUACGCUCUUGGUGUUUACUGCACAUUCACCCAAAGCCCUAAAGACUUUCGGCAACCUAGAGUGGCAAUGUCACAGUCCUUCACUGAUGAAAGUUUUGUUGCUUUCUCUCUGGAUCUUCCUGCUCAGAUAUUAAAAUUCAGUCGUCAGUCCUUGCUUUUCUCAAUUAUUACACCCUCACUUGGCUCAGCUCAUUUACGAGGAUGUUUCCGAUCUUCAGUUCACCUUACAGCACCAAUUCAUAGUUGGUUUUGCCAAAAAGACAGUAGAAUUCAUCAGGUGUCUCCCUAGCUCACUGAUAGAUGACCCAUCUGCGAUCCGACUUUAGAUCCUGGUAAAAACCUUUCAACUUUAGAGCCCUUUUGCAGUUCUAGCAUUUCAAGAUUUUAUGAUUUCUUUCAACAGUACCUGUUCAGCAAUCAGAUCUCUAAAUGAAGGCAACUGUGAACGACCCUUGGCUGGAGAACACAGAAACGAGGACAGUAGCCACGUGUCAGGUCAUAGCGGGACAAGUAGUGGCAAAAGGGAAUGGCAGGCGAGUCACCGAAGGAGCACAGCGAGGCGUGUGAAGGACGAUGAGGCGGGUCACCUGAUAUGUCGGAGAGGAGAUGUGCUCCAUGGAAGAUACGAGGUUGUUGGUGUGUUGGGUCAAGGUGGUUAUGGAAGAGUGGUGAAAUGCAUUGAUCGCAAAGCGGAAGGCAUGCACGUAGCUGUGAAAAUAGCAAGGAGUUUAAAUUGGUCCUUCAACGCCGCUCAUGAUGAAAUACAAGUGCUGGAAGAUUUAAAAGCAUCAGACCCCAGCAAUGCCUAUCACUGUGUGCGCAUGUUAGAAUGCUUUGAGUAUCAUGGGCACAUCUGCAUUGUUUUUGAACUCCUGGGGCUCAGCACCUAUGACGUUAUGAGAGACAACGACUUCCUGCCAUUUAGCCUGCAUGACAUUAGACACAUGGCCUAUCAGAUCUGCACCUCUGUCAACUUUUUGCAUAUGAACGAACUGACACAUACAGAUCUGAAGCCAGACAAUAUUGUGUUUGUCAAGUCUGACUACGUAGAAGAAUACAACCCCAAACUGGAUCAAAAUGAAGUCACACUGAGAAAACCAGACAUCAAAAUCGUGGACUUCGGAUGCGCCACUUACGAUCACGAGCUUCAUAGCACUUUGGUGACUACCAGACCUUACAGAGCUCCUGAGGUGGUCCUAGAGCUCGGAUGGUCACAUCCAUGCGACGUGUGGAGCAUCGGAUGCACUCUCCUAGAAUACUACCUUGGACUCUUAGUAUUUGAGACCAAUGAUGACAAAGUGCACCUGGCGAUGAUGGAGCAAUUACUGGGGCCCUUGCCUGAGCAUAUGAUAGAGAGAGUUGUUUCUUCAAGGAAAAAGAAUUAUUUCUGCAAUGGCCGUCUGGCCUGGGACAAACACAGUGCUGCUGGGCGAUAUGUCUCAAGGUGCUGUAAACCCCUGAAGGAAUUCAUGGCCUGCCGCGAUUGUGAUCAUGAAAACCUAUUUGACCUGAUAGACAAGAUGCUGGAGUACGACCCAACCAAGCGCAUUACGCUGGAGGAAGCACUGAAACAUCCUUUCUUCCUCCCAUUGAAGCAGGAGGAAAGGGCACAGCCUCCUACACCUACAGGCAGACAAACAUCUCCAUGGGCCUAUUGAGAAACAGAAACUAUGAUAU